AUGGAGGCCGAUGUGACGGUGGUGGAGAUCAUUCAGUACCUGGUUGCCACUUAUGGCCCGGCGGGUUUCUUCCUCACCAUGCCGUUUCCUCCCGACCUGAUUGGCUUCUCAACCCGCCUUCGGACUGACUCUGUGUACAUUCUGAAGGCUAAGCGCGCCUUGCUAAGUGAAGUGUCGAAACUAGCAGUUAAGAGUGUCAUUUAUAGUCUGGACCAGGAGAUCCGCCCGAACCGAGUCCCUGCUGAAACACCAGGUUUUGGAAUACGAAUGAGUAUUCUUCAGAAUGCAUUCGCCAUACCAAUCCCAGCCGAUACCGACGUCUGCACGAUUGCCCCAGCUGGACUGGAUCCCCCCCAGCCACGACCAUGGGACUUAAGCCCUUUCCGUACCCAACGCCCACGGACUAACCCAACCCCAGCCAGAGACCAUGAGGACUUGCGGAACACUCUCACGAGGGACAGCUACCAUGAAUUUAUGCCAACGGAGACCACCCGCUUGCUUGACCGAGGUUCCAGGGCAGCUGCGGGCGACCACCCCCUUGACGGACCAUCCACGCAGGAGGGCGACAUGUGA